GAGUAAGGUGGGAAUGUGAAAGACGCGAUGGUGUAGAUGAUUACGUGGAAACCUUUAUCACAUACAUCGCAUUCGGAACGACGUCGUUUCCAUGUUUACAGCGAAUAGUACACCUUGGCGCUCGGCAGCAGCACCAAAUCGCAUUCUAACGCACGACCCGAAACGGAACCACGUACACUUGAAGUUUCGAAACCCAAAAGAAAGACAGCAAGGACGACCGUCAUCGGAUCUCGGAGGUUCACCGUUUGUUCUGUGUGCCUCUGCAGCCAAGUCUUUGGAGAAUGAUCCGAUUCAUAAUUCUACAGAACAGGCAGGGCAAGACCCGCCUCGCCAAGUACUAUGUUCCUCUUGAAGAAUCCGAGAAGCACAAGGUCGAAUACGAGGUUCACCGAUUGGUUGUCAACCGGGAUCCCAAGUUCACUAACUUCGUUGAGUUCCGUACACACAAGGUAAUCUACAGGCGAUAUGCUGGAUUAUUUUUCUCACUGUGUGUUGAUAUGACAGAUAAUGAGUUGGCAUAUUUAGAGUGCAUCCAUCUGUUUGUGGAAAUACUGGAUCAUUUCUUCAGCAAUGUGUGCGAGCUAGAUUUGGUAUUUAAUUUCCACAAGGUUUAUCUUAUACUUGACGAAUUCAUUCUUGCUGGGGAGCUCCAAGAAACAAGCAAAAAGGCCAUCAUAGAGAGGAUGGGGGAAUUGGAAAAGCAAGAGUGAGAACUUAUUCUGUAGCAAGGAUCUUUGGUUUUCUUGAUUUUAUUUUAUUUUUCCCUAGUUUUGGAUUUUUAUCCAAUGUUGAAAGACACAGUUUCUCCAUUAUAAGAUCAGAAAAAUGAACUUUAUUGAGACAGAUGGAGUUGUAAGAGGUGUAUUCUUAAAUUGUAAUAUGAGAAAAUUGAAGGUGAUUGCUUCUUUC